AGGGGGCAGGCUCGGCGAGGCCAUGUGAUGCUGGGCGAGAGCGAGUCGCGCCGCGCCGCCGGAGCCUCCUUCCUGGCUCCCUGCGAUUGCGGGCCGUCAUGGCGACCCCCAAUAACCUGACCCCCACCAACUGCAGCUGGUGGCCCAUCUCGGCGCUGGAGAGCGAUGUGGCCAAGCCGGCGGAGGCCCCCGACGCGCCCGAGGCGGCCAGCCCCGCCCAUCGGCCCAAGGAGAGCCUGGUUCUGUACCACUGGACCCAGUCUUUCAGCUCGCAGAAGAGUGUCCCCUGUGUCCACCCGCCUUCCCCGCUCUGCCCCUGGCGCCUGCAGGUGCGGCUGGUGAUCGCCGAGAAGGGCCUGGCCUGUGAGGAGCGGGACGUGAGCCUGCCGCAGAGCGAGCACAAGGAGCCCUGGUUCAUGCGGCUCAACCUGGGCGAGGAGGUGCCCGUCAUCAUCCACGGCGACAACAUCAUCAGUGACUAUGACCAGAUCAUCGACUACGUGGAGCGCACCUUCACCGGAGAACAUGUGCUGGCCCUGAUGCCCGAGGCGGGGAGCCCACAGCACGCACGGGUGCUGCAGUACCGCGAGCUGCUGGAUGCGCUGCCCAUGGACGCCUACACGCACGGCUGCAUCCUGCACCCCGAGCUCACCACCGACUCCAUGAUCCCCAAGUACGCCACGGCCGAGAUCCGCAGACAUUUAGCCAGCGCCACCACGGACCUCACGAAACUGGACCAUGAGGAGGAGCCUCCGCUCUCUGAGCCCUACCUUUCUAAACAGAAGAAGCUCAUGGCCAAGAUACUGGAGCAUGAUGACGUGAGCUACCUGAAGAAGAUCCUCGGGGAGCUGGCCAUGGUGCUGGACCAGAUCGAGGCUGAGCUGGAGAAGAGGAAACUCGAGAAUGAGGGGCAGAAGUGCGAGCUGUGGCUCUGCGGCUGCGCCUUCACCCUCGCCGACGUCCUCCUCGGAGCCACCCUGCACCGCCUCAAGUUCCUGGGACUGUCCAAGAAAUACUGGGAAGACGGCAGCCGGCCCAACCUGCAGUCCUUCUUUGAGAGGGUCCAGAGACGCUUUGCUUUCCGGAAAGUUCUAGGCGACAUCCACACCACCCUGCUGUCAGCCGUCAUCCCCAAUGCGUUCCGGCUGGUCAAGCGGAAGCCCCCCUCGUUCUUCGGGGCGUCCUUCCUCAUGGGCUCCCUGGGCGGGAUGGGCUACUUUGCCUACUGGUACCUCAAGAAAAAAUACAUCUAGAGCCAGGCCGGGCUUGACGUCUGACUGUCGGUGUGUCUGCCGUGUGAUACCCCACGAGCUCUCCACCACCCAUGUCCCAUGAACACGCGGCAGCCCCUCCCCGCCCCUGUUCUGAGUACUCCCAUCGUCAGUGUGGACACGUGCCAUAGUGUAGAAGUAGACGUUGCCAAUGCGUGACCGUGACCGUGACCUUGACCAGAGGCCGCGGCUCUGCUAAGGACCGGAAGGAAGUGAAAGUGGAAACAACCUGAAUGCCUUUCCUUUUGACUCAAGGUCUCGAGACAGAACUGCGGGGGCUGGUUAGGACCUGAGGUGAGUCCCCUGCCAUUUCAUCCAGCGGGGCCCAGAUUCUGAGAGGUGCUGGAGGCUCAGGGGGCCUGACCCCUCGGCUCUGCUUCCCUCUUGCCCAGGGAACUCUUCCACGGGACAAAGCCAACAUCGAGACUCGACUCUUCUAACCAGUACCUCUGCGUGGGGCUGGAGGGCCAGAGAUGCCCCCGGGAGGCCCCUGAAGAUCAGAAGGGGCUUCGUUCUUCUCCUGGACAUGGACUGAGGCAGCCCUGGCUCGGGCCAAGGCGGUGGCACCCAAACACCAGGCCAUGGUUGGGACCAACCUGGAGAGCAUACCCUCAUCCCUCCCAAUUUGGCAUUGGAACAGAAAGCCCCAGAGGCAGCCUCUGUCACCCUUGCCUACCUUAGAGCUUUCCCAUAAGGUGGGACGUUCAGUAAAAGCCAUGCUGACCUUCUGCCCGAAGGUCAGGCCCAGCCCAGGGCAGGGGCGGGUCCCUCUCCAGGCUCCGCCCAUGCCACCUCCUCCGACGCCCUCCUUCCCCAUCAGGCCCUGGGGCCCCCCAUGUUGCACCGUGCCACGCAGGGAGGUCUCUGCAUCCACACUGCCCACCCUGGACAGGGCUCGCCUUCCUGUGCCUUUCGCAUGUUGGGAAAGGGUCUGGGUGUCACCGAGGCUCAUGCUUAGAAACCACUGAAAGUCCCCAAUAAAGCAUCCAGGAGGA